AAUGAACGUCCCAAGCAAGGCUUGGACAUUGUUCAAUCGAGACUGAAAGGAGCGAAGGCACUGAAUCUCGAAAUUGUUGAAUAUUUUAAAGAACGAGUUGCGGUGGAGGAUAAUUAUGUCAAAGGCCUUCAUCGGCUGGCAAACAAAACAUUUAUUGCGGACAAAUCGAAUUUAGGCACCUUUGCAAACGUUUGGGACAAACUCUUCAAUGAAGUUAACGAAUUAAUUGAUAUUCAUUCGGUCUUUAUCAAAAGGAUAUACGAAGAAGUCGAAACUCCAUUACGUGAAAAAGUAAUAUCCGAUCCAGAAUGGUCACAAUUGAAGCAUUAUGAAAUCAAUCUAAGUAAAUUAGCAAGAGAAUACGAGGAAAAACACGCCAAAAUCAACAAGAAAAGGAGUAAGACGGAAAAACAUACUGGAAAAAAAGCCGGAGCCCAUGAAAAUAAAUUGAUGGAAAUACAAAGAGCAUUAGAAAACACAUGUAAUGAGUGGAACGAAUCAUGGUCGCAAUUUCUUGAGAAAUCUCAAGCAGCCGAUAUGUCGAGGUUGAUGAUGUUAAAAGAAGCUCUUGUUAGUUUUGAAACAAUACAGGCUGAAUCAUACCAAAAAAGAGUGGUGAUGACUGAGAAGACGUUAAAUGAAAUCAUGGAUUUUGAUACACAGAGUGAAAUUGACAGUUUUUGUAGCAAAAAAUCUGGAAAAGAAGCUAAAAGAUUCACGCAAAAUUUUUCAGAAUCUAUGUUUCCGCAAAGAAUGAAUGUAGCGAAUGAAAACGAUGGAUUCAGAAGUUCUUCUAAUUUCCAGAAUGGAUCGACAUCACUUUCGUCAACUGUUCCUGUCAAUGAAGGUGGAUCAUCAAGUACUCCUAUAGAACCAAGACAAUUGGACGGUAUUUCCUCUAACGAGUCUCUGUCAGAUGGUUAUAUUAGCGCUUCUGUUACAGCUGACAAUAAGGCAAUGACUGCGGUUACAACAACGACUGAGAGGUCACUUUCAGUUAGCCAACAAGACAAUGCCACGCUUGGUUUAUCCGCUGAUUUACCUACAGGAUCAUUUUUAAGUCCUCCUCAAUCACCAAUGUCUUUAGAUUUUCUGAGUUCAAUUCACCAUCCAAGGUCAGUAUCUAGUUCCGGAGUAUACCCUCGAGGAUUGCAUGCAACUAUAUCGGAGACUAUCAAUGUAAUGUCUAAAGGAGAAGAUGUUGUAAAGAUGUUUGUAACAGGGGAAAUAAGCGUUUCAUACAAUUUUCCAACUGUAAAAGAUCAUUCGGCUCCAAUGAGGAUUCGAAUAAAAAAUUUCGAAGCACUAGAAAAAUCUGUAUUAAACACAUCAUAUAUGCGUGAUGUACCGGAAAGUUCUGGACUCUACGAUAUUGAUACCAGCUUAUUGUCUCUUUCUGGUGGUGCUCCGGUAGCAAUGAUGAAAUAUCAACUUCAAAUUGAUCCUGCAAGCAAAAACCUGUUAAUACCACUACGGAUCACUCCAAAAUGGAAAUGUGACCCGAAUCUUACAUUGAUAAUGAUAAAUUAUCAAGCUAAUCCUGAAUGUUUACUUUCUGGAACAUUGACCGAUUUUACAUUCAUAAUACCUGUUGAUGGAAAAGUCGAAUCAGCUCAAUCAAAUCCAACUGGAAUAUGGAACACAGAAAAUCAGAAGAUGUAUUGGAAAGCUGACGACAUAGAUUUGUCAGCUCCUCCUGAACAAAAGAGAAUUCUAGCUCGUUUUGAGACAAAAGAAGUGUCUAAAGAAGCACCAGUGACUGUCAAGUUUGUAUGCAAAGGACAAUUAUUCAGUAACAUUUCCUUAGAAAUAGAGAAAGCUAAUCCUGAAAUCGACAAAUUCCAAGAGGUUGUUUGCCAAGUGUCAAGUGGAAAGUUUAUGGCAUUGCCAUAA